UAUUUAUUACAUUCAAUGCAAUAGACUGUAAAUAUAUAGGACUUUAACACCCAUUCAAUGAUCACAACAAUAAUAAUAACAACAAUAAUCAUAUCGUCAUCGAUGGUUAUAAUUGGUUACCAUUGAUUGUGAAGACAUUGAGAGACAGACUACAUACUGACCAACACAUCAAUGGCCAAUCCGUUUGACGAAUCAGAAGACGAAGUGGCCGCUGCCGUCGGCGUCUCGGGUGACGAUAUGACCGUCAAAGAGGGCCUCUUGUGUCCCGUUUGUGUUCAAGACUUUAAGACUAUCGGUCAACUCAGGGAUCACUUCGAGACGAAUCACAAGCAAGAGUUUGCCGCACAACAGACCAAUCAAACCAAACAACUCGGACUACAAAUCAAGGGUUUUAUUACGAAAACGAAAAAAAUAUUGAAAAACGACAACAAUCUGACCAUUGAUGACGGCGGCAGCGAAUCAUUGGCCAGCGGUUCAAGCGGUCAGUCGUAUGUUGACAUCUGGAGACGACAAAUGACUAUAGGUGAGACUCGCAAUCACUUGGAUUGGUUCCGUAAGAUACGUGACUCAAGAAUCGAAAGAUAUGUUAUCGAAACAAAUAAACUGUUGAUCAGAUUAGACAAACUGAUUACCGAUGCACCGAAAGAUCCGGAAAAACGUAAACUACAUGAGCGAAGUAUUGUCGUUUGGGCCAAUGAUGUCGACGUCCGACUCUGUCCUAACUGUGCAAAGAGUUUCAAUUUGUCCCGUCGGCGACAUCACUGUCGACUGUGCGGCGGUAUUAUGUGUCACAACUGUUCCCAAUUUCUUGACUUUAUCUAUGCCCGUAAACUAAUUAGUCCAACAAAUUUAGACGAAGCAAGUCUUGCGAUGCUUCCGCGUACAAAGUCGGCCUCGACAUCAAACCUGACCCGACGGGGCAGUAGUAGUAGUUUGUUAUCGAUUGUCAAUCAAUCGGGUGAACCGCAUAUCCGUGUCUGUAGAGACUGUAAGACACUAUUGGCCAGACGUGAUCAGCAAAUUGAAGAUAAUCUGGCAAAACCAAUAUUAGCGCAAUUUUAUGAUCGUAUGCGACAACAGCUCAAAGAUAUCGAGAGAUUGACACCACUUUACUAUCAAAUGAGUGAUUCAUUAAAUUUAGGGGAAACCAAUUACAGUUUACUUGACGCUCAAGAGUUGAAACUCAAAUUAACUAAAUUAGCUGAAAGUGUUGAUAGUAUUAGCAAAAAGAUUGCAACUCUUGGCUCACAAGAUGAACAACAACCGCAUCCCAAACAACAACAAUUGCAAACAUCUAUCCGGUCGUCGGUUACACACUUUUUGCGGCAAACAAUGCUAGGAUUGCCGGCUCUGCCGACACCGGAUGAGCUGCGAAAAUAUCAGGAACAGAGACGACUUGAGAUUGAUAAGCGAAUCCAAUACGAGAGACAGUUGGCACUGGAAGAUCAGCAACGGUAUGCAUCGCCCAAACGACAAACUGUUACGCUUAGCAACAACUUCACGGAAUCGACAGCUAGUCGUACGGAUAACGAUGACUCUGUAAUAGUUUCGCCGGAAGACGGUUGGAAUCCAGAGUUUGCGUCCAACAGAAGAUCCAAUCGUGAGGAUAACGGCAGCGGCGCCGACAACGGCAUGGAUCCGAUGCUACAGCAGAUCAAUAUUAUACGCAAUUAUAUACGUCAGGCCCGGGAGGCGCACAAAUACGAUGAGUUGCAUAUGUUGGAGGAAAACCUAAAGGAACUGGAGAUCGAGUAUUUUGUUCAACAACAUGGAAAUCAAACACAAGAGUCACAUUCGUCGUCGUGACCACUGGUCAUUGACGGGUGACACACGUCGGGACAAUUGAAGCAAAAUGUUAUAUAAAUUGUUGUUUUAAUGAUAUUCAAAUAACAUGAAAUUUAUGUCCAAUAACCGUAAAUCGUUGAACUAAUUUUUAGGCAUAAAAUUGUUUUUUUUAAUUCAAUUGCAUUGUGAUUACUGUUUACUGUAAUAUAUUACGGAUAAUACUGUAUUAAUUACGGGAUGUAUUUGUAUUAUCGUUUUAUGUUUAUAUACAUAAUUUUAUUUCCGCAACAAUAAUGUGAU